UUGACAUCUUAUAUUCAGCAAUCUCACGCAACCCUUCCUCAGGUCAGACAAGGGUCUCCCACCCCUCAGGUCAGAGCAGUGGGACCUGCACAGAGGUUAUCAGAGGGGGCAUCACCUUAUUGAAUACUCUUCACGUCGUGGAUGCUUUUGUUCAGAUCAACGUGACCUUAUUUACAAAGAUUGUAAUUGAUUUCCCAUAUUUAGAGAAUAAUCUGAGCAUAGGACACAAGGAUGAGGAGUGAAAAGCAGCAUAAGGAGGGGGGAGAUGAAUACACGAGGGAGACAGAGGGAGACGCCCGUAUGAAUAACGAGGAGAUGAGCAGCAGGGUGGAGAGACUAGGACGGGUGCAGCCAGCCUACAUGAGGCCUACAUGUUCCUACACGACGAUCUGACAGACAGACACUAUCUGUCAGUUUGACCAACUAAACGAAUGAAAACAAGGCCGGCGGAGGAGAGCGACAUGGACCAAUGGGAGCAGGCUCUUCCGCUAAGCCCCGCCCAGAGGAGUUAAAGCGCCGACCCUCCGCGGCGGCCGGACGGUCACUGCGGGGAUUUGAGACCCUCCAGCCGGCUACAGGAUAAACAACACCCCGGUGUUCCGUGUGUCCGCUGCGGAGGACACGACGCGGUAGCUGUGUUGCUGUCGAAUGCUCUCAUCCCAUCGCGAUAGAAAAGACGAAGCGUCUCACAUCAAUGCAAGGGCCGUCGGGACGAGGUGGUUUCUCCUCCCAGUGGGACCGACGGGGCCGUCAUCUCUGCCCUGAAGAACGCAUGCUGGUCAGCCGUGAGAUCAGAUGGUGUCGGCAGAACAAGAGUGUGGCCCAGAAGAUAAAACAAGCGAAGAUAAAACAAACCGCAUGUUGUUACUCCAUCUCACCCAGAUAAAGAAACGUCCUCAGACGGCUUCACUGAGAACAUAGAUGAGGUUCCAACCGGACUCGGGAGCGGUUUGAUUGUUCAUUGUAUCGUGAAGUUUUGGCUCGAGAGAAACGCAACGGUUUAAUCGUGUAGUAAUUUGUUGGAAAAACCAAAGUGGAAAUGAAAGUCGUGUCGGGACAGGAUGACGGGGAGGAGAUGGAGGAGCAGGCGGCAAACUCCAACCGGACCUCCCUGACGGAGGUGGCGCCCCUAGAGGAGACCCUGCUGUGCGGGUCGGUCCAGGUCAGCACGGAGCAGGACGGCACCGCCGCGCCCCCCCUGCCCCCCUCCCAGCACGAGACCCCUGCUGACCCGGACCCCCCGUCCGCCAGGACUGGCUCCUCCGCCCCCCCAGCCACGCCCACUCCACGGCGGGGGGGCGUGGUGCAGCGGGCGGGGCUGGGGGUUAGGGUUAGGGUUGCCACCCAGCUCGCGUGGCUCCGCCUCCCCCUGCGCGGGCGCGUGGCGGCCAUGCUGGAGGACUCGCGCUGCUUCCUGUUCUGCAUGAGCUACCUGACGUUCAUCCAGUCUCUGAUGGUGUCGGGCUACCUGAGCAGCGUCAUCACCACCAUCGAGAAGCGCUACAGCCUCCGGAGCUCUGAGUCGGGCCUGCUGGUCAGCUGCUUCGACAUCGGCAGCCUGCUGGUCGUCGUCUUCAUCUCCUACUUCGGGGGGCGGGGCCAGAGGCCUCGCUGGCUGGCGGUGGGAGGCGUCUUCAUCGCAGUGGGCGCCGCCCUCUUCUCCCUGCCCCACUUCAUCUCGCCGGCCUAUCAGAUCCAGGCGGUGAACUCGUCGCUGGGAAACGAGGGGCUGUGCUCAGUCAACAACGCCAGCGGGCGGGGCCGCACCGAUGCGUCCUCCUGCCCCCGCGACCAGGAGGGCAACGAGCACAACCUGUAUGUGGGGCUGUUCAUCGUGGCCCAGAUCCUGGUCGGCAUGGGGUCCACACCAAUCUACACCCUGGGGCCCACCUACCUGGACGACAACUGCAAGAAGGAGAACGCCUCGCUCUACCUCGCCAUCAUGUACGUGAUGGGGGCUCUGGGCCCGGCGGCCGGCUACCUGCUGGGGGGGGUCCUGAUCGGCUUCUACGUGGACCCCAACACCGAGCUCACCAUCGACCAGAGCGACCCCCACUUCAUAGGCAACUGGUGGAGUGGCUUCCUGCUGUGCUCCGUGGCCAUGCUGCUGGUCAUCUUCCCCAUGUUCAGCUUCCCCAAGAAGCUGCCCCCCCGCCACAAGAAGAAGAGGAAGAGGGUGAAGGUGAGUCUGGACGAGCUGUCGGGGGAGGAGGAGGUCCUAAAGAAGAGUCCGCCCGUCUCCUCCGCCAUGGGCUUCGGCCGCGACAUCAAAGACCUGCCGAAGGCUGCCAUGCGCAUCCUGAGUAACGUCACCUUCCUCUUCGUCAGCCUGUCCUACACGGCAGAGAGCGCCAUUGUCACCGCCUUCAUCACCUUCAUCCCCAAGUUCAUCGAGUCGCAGUUCGGCAUCCCAGCGUCCAGCGCCAGCAUCUACACCGGGGUGAUCAUCGUGCCCAGUGCGGGCGUGGGCAUCGUGCUAGGCGGCUACAUCAUCAAGAAGCUGAAGCUGGGCGCCCGCGAGUCGGCUAAGCUGGCCAUGAUCUGCAGCGGCGUGUCACUGCUCUGCUUCUCCACGCUCUUCAUCGUGGGCUGUGAGAGCAUCAACCUGGGGGGCAUCAACAUCCCCUACACCACCGGGCCCACCAUGGCUAUGGCCCAGAGGAACCUGACCGGGGGCUGCAACGUGAACUGCGGCUGUAAGAUCCAUGAAUACGCCCCUGUCUGCGGCUCGGACGGCAUCACCUACUUCAACCCCUGCCUGGCCGGCUGCAGCGCCGUGGCCAAUGACAGCACAGGGAUCCGGAAUUACUCAGACUGUGCGUGCGUUCAGAGCCGCCAGAUUAUCACGCCUUCGACCCACGGGCAAGGCACCAACCAGCUGCAGCUAGUCAUCGUCAAGACCUACCUCAACGAGAACGGAUUCGCGCUCGCCGGGAAGUGUGAGCGCGCCUGCAGCACCCUCAUCCCCUUCCUCAUCUUCCUCUUCAUCGUCACGCUCAUCACGGCCUGCGCCCAGCCCUCCGCCAUCAUCGUCACGCUCAGGUCGGUGGCGGAGCAGGAGAGACCGUUCGCUCUGGGGAUGCAGUUUGUUCUGCUACGGACCCUCGCCUACAUCCCCACCCCCAUCUACUUCGGCGCCGUCAUCGACACCACGUGCAUGCUGUGGCAGCAGGACUGCGGCGUGCACGGCUCCUGCUGGGAGUACGACGUGACCUCGCUGCGCUUCGUGUACUUCGGCCUGGCCGCCAGCCUCAAGUGUCUGGCCUUCCUGUUCAUCGUGCUCACCUGGUACUCCAUCAAGUACCGCGAGGAGCGCGUGGAGCGCUGGCUGAAGCGCCACCUGCCCCCCUCCCACGCCGUUGGGGGGGUGUGCCACCCUGGGGGCCUGAAGGGCCACGCCCGCACACGCUCCUGCCCCGUCAACAUGCCGGCCCGCGCCCUGGCCCCGCCCCCGCCCGCCGCCACCCUCAACCGCGGCGUCAGCACCCAGAGUUGCCCCGGCAACGAGCUGAAGGCAGCGCCCCCAGCGGGCCCGCCCGGCGCCGCCCGCUCCCUGGAGGGGGUCUCGGUCCGGGUGUGAGGGGCCCCGCCAAAUUCCUGACCGCACGGCCCCCGGGAUUGGCCGACGUCCGCUCGGCCUCCCUGCUCUGAUUGGUGGCCACCCCCCCCCAUGUAAGGUGUGCCUUUUAACACACACACACACACACACACCCACACCCACACCCUCACACUCACACUCACACACACACACACAGGCCUCAGUGUUACUAUGGUUACCCCGGGGCCCAGAAGAAUCAUGUCAGCAUCCAGCUUUUUUCUCGCCGCGGUUACGAUUGGGUGUACAUUUGUCUAAGUGGACCCUGAACCAGGCAGCAGGACCCGGUACCUGGUCCAGCUCCCCGGGUGGACUACCGGGACCCGGGGAGGACUACCAGGACCCGGGGCCGUGGACCUCUGUGCCAAUGCGGUCUUCAAACUGCCCACUUGCCAAAGCGCCAACUUGGGACUUUGUACCGCAAUGGAUUCUGGGAAAGGAGGCUAAACGAGAGGACUUCCUGCCAGGGCAUCUCCUUUCUACCCCCUUUUCAUCCACCAAUCACAGCCUGCCGCCCGGUUCUUGGUAAUGCUGUCAUCUGCCCACGGCUACACCCUGAGGGACCUCCCGCGUUGAGACAGAACAACGCCGUCACGUGACCGCAGCACGGCCUCCACACCCCUCAGACCGGCCCGCGGACAAUAGGGGCUCAGAAAUCCCUGUCCGAUUAUUAUUGGAUGGAUCAGGUCAGUACCUAGAGUAGACCCGCCUGUCCACUAGGGGGCGCUGGAAUCUGCAGACUGGACGAGGAAACAUGGAGGAUAUUAAAGAGAGGGUUCUCGCCUGUGUGUUAGGAUAGAGGUUGUCCAAUUCCCUUUGUUUUAUCUGAAUUUCUCCCUUGCUGGUAAAUACUUUUUGUAAAAACGAUAAAGAAACUGACCGGCUCGAGAGAUAAAUGAGCUCCCCCGCUCCGGGCAUUGGGGUGACUGAUUCCUCCUUGGAGGAAAUCUCUGUAUAAAGGCAAUAUUGGUGUGCUCUGGCGCCGCCUGCUGGUGGGUUUGGUACAACAUGUAAAUAAGGGCAGGUCAUCCUGUGUCAUGACGCAUCCAUCUUGAUCUAAACAUCAGAGGCCCGUGGAGAAAGGGAGGAGGCCUCAUCCAUUCAGGUGUGAUUAGUUCUGUAGAAAUGUUGUGAACCUGAACAAACCGUUUUAGACGCGAUUUAAAGUGUGCUUAUUUUGCAAGCCCGUUUUUUCACGAAGGAGAUGGAUUUCACCUCGCUCCCAGACGUGUUGGAUGAGAAGGUGUGGAGGUUGAAGUGGACGUUUGGAACAGAUCAUAUUCAGGGUGAGACCAUGUAAUGUAGAAAUGUGUUUAGUAGAAGCUCAUGUGUGAUUAAUUACACUCACUCAAUUUACUCUGCUUGAAUGUUCACUGUUCAAAAUAAACAAACUAAAACUGUUGAGCUACGGAAGGCUAAGGAGAUAUGCGUAAGAUUUACUCAUCUGUAGCUCAUAACAUGGCAACAAUCCAUCAAUUCUCGUUAGACCUGACACUAGCGUCCCACACAGCACUAGUUACGCUUAAAUGGACAUGACUCUAGCGUGUCUUCAUGACUCUAGCGUGUCUUCAUGACUACCGUGUCUUCAAGACGAGUGUGUUGACAUGACUACCGUGUCUUCAUGAUUCUAGCGUGUCUUCAUGACUACCGUGUCUUCAUGACUAGUGUGUUGACAUGACUACCAUGUCUUCAUGAUUCUAGCGUGUCUUCAUGACUACCGUGUCUUCAUGACUAGUGUGUUGACAUGACUACCGUGUCUUCAUGAUUCUAGCGUGUUGUCUUCAUGACUCUAGUGUGUUGUCUUCAUGACUCUAGCGUGUUGUCUUCAUGACUCUAGAAUGUUGUCUUCAUGACUAUAGCGUGUUGACAUGACUCUAGUGUGUUGACAAGACUAGAGUGUUGUCUUCAUGACUUUAGCGUGUUGACGUAGAUGUAAGUGACCUGUAGACAAAUAGGGUUAGAAGGGCAGAUCGUACACAUGGUAAUUUUAAGGAACGGUGUUUAUGGUCUAUGGUUUCGCAAAAUAUCUGCCAACCAUAAUGGUGGAAAAUAAUAAUUAUGGUUUCAAUGGCAUGGCUAGUGCUGAAUAGGACAGUAGUAGAGGAGACCUCAUCAUCAUGUGUUCAACUGCAGAGCACAAAGAAAAAACAAGUUCCGCUCUAACUCACGUCACCACCUACUAACCAAUAAAUACCACCUGCUGAAUACCCCAGUACAAACUACUGCGCCCACUGGUACAAACUACUGCGCCCACUGGUACAAACUACUGCGCCCACUGGUACAAACUACUGCGCCCACUGGUACAAACUACUGCGCCCACUGGUACAAACUACUGCGCCCACUGGUACAAACUACUGCGCCCACUGGUACAAACUACUGCGCCCACUGGAACAAACUACUGCGCCCACUGGAACAAACUACUGAGCUCACUGGUGCAAACUACGGUCAUUUUAUCCACGUUUUAUUCUUUUGAAACCAGGUUAGUUAUUCUUGAGCCACACAGCACACCAGUCUACAACAUAGUCCGAUAUGCUAGCUGACAGGUCCAGGAUAGGUCUAGAUGACCUGGUUAACAGUGACGCAUAUAUACAGUGAAAUAUAUAUACUGUGUAACUGAUAAUGAAACCUGGGCCCAAUAUUUAGUACACUGUUGUAAAUGUGCUUUUAAACGGCUCUGUUCCCCUGCUAACCUGAAGCAUUGUUUAACUUUAUACACUAUUUGCCCCAAACCCGAGUUACCUUUCUGCAGGUGAGACCAAAGGCGGCCAUUUGGUUCGCCUUCUCAGGCCGAAUGUAACGUGAAGCCUCACUUUCACCUCCUAUUCUUUUCUUGUUUUGGUGAUCAGUGCUCUCAGAAAAACAGGGUUGGGUUUGGAACAAACACAUAGAGGGGUUAAUGUCGAUUAUUUGUGGACACACUGUUAAGCGGCCUCGGAAAAUAAAUAAAGCAGUGUUACCGA